AUGAAAGAAGCAUUCACAACGCAUGGCCAAACGUUGCCCGCACUCGGGUUUGGUUAUCAGGGAACCGGUCUAUCCGGGGCCGGUUUGCCGCUGUUAGCCAUAUGCUGUUUGGCUGUAAUAGGUUUACUAGUAGCAGCUGCCAUUGUUCUUGCAUUAAUACCAGUUUAUCUUCCGCGGCAUUCUGUAGAUACCCAUCGACCACAAAGUGGCGUGCUAACCAUGACAUAUGAUUUAUUUAUAAAUGCAACUACAUCAAGGGAAACUUUUAUUGCUGCACUUGGUACAGUUAAUUCGGCAACGCAGAAAAGGAUACAAGUUUUGUUACAACAGAAAUUAUCUGGCAAUUCAAGAACAAAAAAUGUUGAUAUUCUUUUAAACAAUGCUGUGAUCACAGCAGCAACAACAGACACCAAGACUAGACGACAUCCAUUCGGUCCUAUAGCAUUGCUUACGGCAUCAACUGAAACAAGCCCACAAUCUCCUUCCACACAAGUGCCUCAUAACAGUAUUCCUGGAAAUAAUACAGCGUCACCCGAAAUAACAGUCCCACAAACCACCGUCUUCUCCGUUCCUCGAAGUGAUACAGUAUCGAAGAGAAUAACACUCCCACAAACCACCGUCUUCUCCGUUCCUCGAAGUGAUACAGAGAGAAUAACACUCCCACAAACCACCGUCUUCUCCGUUCCUCGAAGUGAUACAGAGAGAAUAACACUCCCACAAACCACCGUCUUCUCCGUUCCUCGAAGUGAUACAGUGUCGAAGAGAAUAACAGUCCCACAAACCACCGUCUUCUCCGUUCCUCGAAGUGAUACAGUAUCCAAGAGAAUAACACUCCCACAAACCACCGUCUUCUCUGUACCUCGAAGUGAUACGACAUCCAUUGGAAUAAUUACACAAACAGCUGAGAUGACAUCCUCACAACAAACUUCGGUCUCCUCUAAGCCUGGCGUAAACACGAUCACCACUAGAGUCAUAACACAAUCAGGAACAACAACAACGCAGCCCUUCUCAGGAACUCCUCCACAGACUGUUGGUUAUUCUGCCUCAAAUUCAAACACUACAUCGGUGGCGGUAGUCCCUACACAAUCGACUACCACCAUCACGUCUACCCCGCAGACGCCGUUCUUUACUAAACCAGGAACUGAUACGACUUCUACUGGAAUCACAACUCAAACCAUACCAGUUACUCAACAAACUUCUGUCUUUUUUGAAUUGGGUGUAAAUACCACCAGUACCGAAGUUGUCACGCAAGCGACAACGUCUCCUCUAGCAACUUUUGUUGUUUCGCUUCCAGACACUGGAACAACAUUUACAACAGCUACAAAUCCAAUUAUGUCCACAGCAACAAACAAAUUAAAAGCUGGUUGUCUUUGUCGUUUCAUUUCUUAUCAGUGUUCAACAGAUACCGAUUGUGGACAAGAUGGCAUGUGUAUGAAUCCAACCGCCACUCAGUGUUUAAAUGGAGUUAGCUAUUGUGCUGUGAAGGCUACUGGCUCAAACUGCAACCAAGCAUUAGGUAUGUGUUUUCGCGGUACAUUUGCCGUUCAUGUGAACGAGACAUAA